AUGGUUCGAAAUCUCAAAAUUGUACUUCUUGGAACAACAAAUGUCGGCAAGACAUCUAUCAUCCACAGAUACUGUUCAAACGAAUUUUAUGGAAACAACCCACCAACAAUUCAAGUUGCCUCAUUUCAAAAAACUAUUGAAAUCAAUUCAGAAGAAGUAACUUUAAAUAUAUGUGACACAGCUGGACAAGAGGUCUACCAGUCUGUUUGUCCUAAUUUCUACAGAAAUGCCGAUGCAAUUAUUGUUGUUUUUGCAUUGGACAACAAAGAUUCAAUGAUAAAAGCACAAGGAUGGUUUGACGAACUUUCUGCUACAAUGCAAAAUAAAGUCCCGAUCUUUACAGUUGGAAAUAAGUCAGAUCUGAGACAAGAAGGUUUAAUGCCUCGAGAUGAUUGCAUUUUAUUUGCUGAAUCAAACAAAUCUGAAUUCAUAGAAACAUCUGCUAAAGAUAAUAUCGGUAUAAACGAUCUUUUCGAAGCAGCUGCUAAAAACGCCUACGAAAGAGUCAUGCACGAGACAGUAGGAUAUCCAACAAUGAAUAGAAAAACUGAUUCAGUGGCAUGUUUUUAA